CUCUCAUGUCCACCACCGCAAAAUUCCUCCACAGAGAGCUCAAAGCCCUUCCGCGCUUUGUUCGUCGCCAUGGGGCCGUAACGGAAACGCCUACCGCCGGGACCGUCACUCUCCCGAACCCUUUCAUGCCAUGGAAGAACCCUGCGACGGGUCGCUGGGCACCCCCGAAAUAUUCCUUGCGCCAGCAAGCAGACCUGAUCAAGCGCGCCAAGGCGACAGGCACGGCACAUCUGUUGCCGCCGAGUGUCAAGCUUGUGAGCCCGGAGCUGCUCCUGCCGACUGCGUCGACAGCAAAGAUGCCGAAAGUGAAGGGACUGCGAACGAAAGUGAAGGUUGAGUGGGACAGGCGGCCGAAGGAGCGCGUCGUUGCUGGCGCAGCGCAUGGUGCACGCCUGUACGCUGCGAAGAGGAAGAUGUUCAAAGGCAGCAGCCUCGAGCGACACCGCAAAAAGAGGGCAUGGAGAACAUGGGUCCUAUUGCACGACAUGCGGAAGCGGAUCCGCAAAUUCCGGACCAACUACGUUCACAGGAAGCCCAAUCCGCUCAAACCGACGCGUGGAACACCCAAGAAGCUUCCAUUCUAGAGUACUUGUCCGUUAUGUGGGAAAUAAAGCGUUCGAUUCAGAUUGUCCCAGUGUCACAAGCAUAUCACAAUACAG